UGUUCAUUGGUUGAACCUAAUCUCAAAGUGGCAAUUUUUUUCGCAAAAGUGAACGGAUUAAUCAUGGCGGCAUCGGGCCAGAAGGUGGGCCUCCUUCUGAGAAGUUGGAAUGAAAUUCCCGAAAUUGUUGGAUCGUCGUUCAUUGCAUUACUUGGACUAGGUAUCUCGGCUGGAGGACUGUAUAUCUAUGAUAAGAACGAUGGCCACAGGCGAAAGUACAAGUUUCACUACACUGUCUACAGACCCGAUGAUCCACGAGUUGCGACUAUCAAAACACAUUGUGGAUUGGAUGACUGAAAUGUCAAGUACCCCAUAACUGGUAUUGCUUUAGCAACUCAGUAACUGUAUAAUAUCUUCUUGUAGCAAUUCAGUUGAAAUAUAUAUAAUUUAAUUGUACCU